CGUUCAUAUUUGUUCUUCAUUACAAUAUCUACUCCUUCGCAGCUUUCUGUGUAUUAAGUUUUCGGUGCUCUGCACUGGCAACAACCGCGCCAGCUCACGCGCUUUACAAAUGUUACGAUCAUUACAAUGCUUAACAGCCAUAGCCAGCAGGCGAAUGGACUUGAUCGGUCGCGGGGGAGCUCCAUCAGCAUCCGCGCUCGGGACGGACGCGCUGGUGCUGCUCUGCGGUCCGGAGGCACAAGCGGGUAUUAGCACGUGUUCUGCGGCAGCGGAAAGCGCCGCGUCGCCGCAGAGCAGCUGCUCUUGGGUGGGCACAGCUCAGCACAGCUCAGCUACACGCGCCGAAGCGGCCGGCCCCUCCGCGCCGUGCGGCCCAGCUCCGCUCCUCCGCAACCUCCGCACCCCCUCCCAGAGCGGUCGGUUAUCAGGAGCCCCGCCGACGUGGAUCUCGGCGGCUGCGGCGUCCCUUGGCAACAGUCCACGCUUCGCCGCCAGCGCGCGCUGUAGCACAGCGGACGUUGACGUCAGCCGCUCAGGUCUCGAGGACGCCAGCGCCUUGGGCGACUGCGUCGACCGCUGGUCCACGCCUGCCGCCACCGUUUCCGGCAUCGCGCUUCUACACCAGUACCAUAAUCACCACCACAACCACCACCAUAUUGGCCACUCCAGCAGCAGCUGCGGCUCCGUCGCCUCCUCCACCAGCUCUGUGCCCGGCUCAGCCGCCGGCUCGCCCUUCCCGCCGCGCCCCUCCCUACCCUCCUCCGCCACCAACUCCUCCCGCUUUCUCAUGCAAAGCCAGUCGCAGCAGCUGCGGUCCGUAUCCUUCACGGCCGCCACCGCGGCUCCCAAGGCCGCGGCCAAGGGCGCCAGCGCCAAGGCCGGCAGCAGCAGCAGCAGCGGCGCCGCGGCGCCCUCCCCGGCGGCCGCCGCGCUCCGCACGCCCGAGUGGGCGCGCGUGCCGGGGCACCUGCACGAGCUGCAGGACCUGUACCGCAAGCGGCAGAAGCGCAUGGCGGCCCUGCGGCACGGGGCGCAGGUGGAGCUGGAGGCGCGUGAGGCCGUGGCGUGGAAGACCGGCGGCCGCGGCCGUGCGGUGGCGGCCGCCGCCAAGGCGGCCCUGGAUGCGCUGCCGCUGCCUCCGCCUGAGGAUGGUGGCAAGGCGGAGCUAGCGGCUGCGUUGGCGGCGGACACGACCUUCGCCGCCGCACACGAGGCGCUCACGGGCCUGCUGCGCCGCGGUGUGGUGCUGGACGCCGCGGAGCACCUGGCCCCGCUGCUGCGCAAGGCGGGCGACGCCGGCCAGCUGGCGUCGGCGCUGGGGGUGGCGGCGGCCAACCACCUGUCGCAGGCGGCGCGGCAGCUGGGCGCGCACAGCCCGCGGCACGGACCGCUGCACGCCGUGCUGGUGCAGGAGUGCCGGCGGCUCAAGGCAGCGGCUCCGCUGGUGACGCUGUGGGAGUCGCUGCACGAACACGGCCUGGCGCCGGAGGCGGCGGACGCAGCGGCGGCGGUGCGCGCAGCGGUUGAGCUGGGCGACGGCGGCGCCGCCGUGCGGCUGCUCAUGUUGGCGUGCAUGUACGGCGAGGCGCCACUGGCGGGCGCGGCGGAGGCGGGCGCGGUGCUGCAGCUGCUGCAGCAAGGCAACCCGGACCAGGCUGCGCAGCUGCGGGAGCUCCUGCCCAAGCUGGGGCUUCGCGGCGCGUAAGCCAUGAUAUCGUGCAGUAAGGAGAGGGGCUGCCAUAAGGAGAGGGGCUGCAAUGAGUGGAUAGCAGCAGGAGGCGGUGCCGGCAUUUGGGCCUGUCUUCCGGGCACAUUGUGAUAGUGCCAGGACUUGUGUGAAUGUGUGACUGCGUGUUUGUUGGAAGAUGGCGGCUGCGGUACGGGAUGUGGCGUAGGCAGGUGCCGGAAGCUAAUAAGUUGUGGUCCGGAAUGCUUGAAUGGAUGGCAUCUGCAAAUGCAGACCAUUGCCCCUUGUGUGCUCAAGAGGAUGGCCUGGCGCUGGGGAGGCGGGUCUCGAAGGGUUCGUCACGCGGGAUGCGGCAGCGCUGAGGCAAGUUGCAAGGUGUUGUUGGCAGUAGGGCGGUGCAUUGAAGCAGGCACGAGUGCAUCGGGUGUACAGACGCAGUUGGCGCAUGGCUGGUGGGCACACCUGCAGUCGCGGACGCCCCAGGGCUGCUGGCAGUCGCGGUGCUGCCCGGAACUUGCAAGACAGAGAGCUGUGGCCAUUCCCAUCGCCGCACCCGUCUAGGGGUUCUGCCCAUCUACGUGGGAUGGAAAUGAAAUACUGGGCCGUCUACGUGGGAUGGAAAUUUCUCAGGCUGCGAACCACCCAAGUCGGCCCUGCGUGGCGUCGUGGCCUCACUGACCAAUAUGCGCUCGCCUGUAAAGCUCGCGUGCU